UGAGUUUGGGACAGAGCCGGUGUCCCUGCGGCUGAAGGAGAGGAGGGGGUGGAGCCUGUGGGAGUGAGAGCGGACAUGGCUGAGGUUUCAGACAGAGCGCUGCAGGCCGCCAUCUUGAUCUCCUUCGCUACAGGGUUCUUGGCGGGCUGGCAUGCGAACCGCGCGCGCAGGAAGUUCCUGGACUGGAGGAAGAAGCGGCUGCAGGACAAACUGACGGAGACUCAGAAGAAACUGGACCUGGCCUGAUCGGGACCGGAACCGGCUCAGAGACGCGCAGGGGUCUCCUGAAGUCAGUGGCUCUUCUCUUCCUCCUCUCUGACCUGGUUCUGCAAACCUGCCCUCCUGAUGUUCAGACGUUCUGCUCUGUUUGUCCUUCCAUGGUGAUGAGAAACACAAAAACAACUCCACAAGUGACACUACAGACUUUUUACAAACACUUUACAGUGAUUUUUAUUUUGGAUAAGUGUUUUUGUUUUACUCUGAAAUUUUUUGUAAGAAGAUUGUUGUAAGCUUUAUACGGUAAAUGGAAUAAAUAAAAUAUUUUUCUGAAUGAUA